CAGAAAGAGUGGAAGAGGAAGGGUGAGCUGACAGAGGGUCCAGCAGGUUGUGCAUUCCGUCCAUGGCUGCGGAUUGUCUCAGAAUCACCUUCUUCAACUCCACCACAGCCUCUCCCUGCAUCCUCUGGCUCGCUGCCACACCCGCCACUCACGAGUCUUCCCGCAGUUUCAGCCAUCCAACACAUCCCGCGACCAUGGUACCCGCUCCGCUCAACUUUCCCAAGUGGAUUUCAGAGAAUGAGCACCUGCUAGCCCCUCCCGUGGGCAACUUUUGUCUGUACAAGUCUCAAGACUACACAGUGAUGGCAGUGGGAGGACCAAAUGCCAGGUCAGAUUAUCACUAUCAGCCCACCGAGGAAUUCUUUUAUCAGUACAAGGGGGCCAUGUUGUUGAAGAUUGUAGAAGAUGGCAUUUUCAAGGAUGUGAGGAUCGCAGAGGGAGAAAUGUUCAUGCUUCCUGCGAACACGCCACACUCUCCUGUGCGCUUCGCAAAUACCAUUGGUCUGGUCGUGGAGCGUACAAGACCGGAAGCCCUCGAAGACGCAAUGAGGUGGUACUGCCCAAACAUCUCCGCUCAUCCUUCGCCACACAUCGUCAAGGAAUCUCGCUUCCUCUGCACGGAUCUAGGCACGCAGCUCAAGCCCGUCAUUCAAGCUUGGGCUUCGUCUAGCGACCAAGAGAGGACGUGCAAAGAGUGCGGAAAAGUCGUGGGAGUGAGGGAACUCAUCGGUGCGCUCGAGGCCUGAAACGUCGCGCUGUGCUUUGAUGCCUCGCGAUGCGAAUCCACUCUUGGCCCCGGAGCAUCGUGCACGAGUGCUUGCGCAAGCAUCUCACCUGCGCCUUGGCAGCUUGAGUUUGUCCAUGUAUCAUUAUUCACCCGGUGGCAGAACGGACAUCGCAUUAUACAUAUUCAGAUCAAUUGCAAGGAGUCGG